AUGAAGAAACUGGGAAAAGCUGAGAAGAAUAAAACUACGAAAAUGUUUAAUGAUGCAUUUGAAAAUUCAAUAAAAAGUAUUGAAAGGAUACCUGUUAAAAUUAAGAAAAAUCAACAACCUAUAAUUGUUUGUGACACUACACCACCACCCAUGACAUAUCCAAUAUUUUCAACUGAGAGUAUUGCUUAUACAUCACUUUCAACAUAUCCAUUUAGAGAUGGAAAAAAAAUAGGAAAUCCUAUUUGUGAUAAAGGAAAAGGAGCAUUUUUUGAAGACAUGGCAAUAGCAGUUUUAGCUGAUGGAUGUGGAUUAGGAAAUAAUGUUUGUAAUGCUUCAAAAGCAGCAGUUAAUAAAAUUUUAGAAAGUAUUAUUGAUAAAAUUGAACAAUGUAAAAAUACUAAAGAAAUUGCUCAAUUAAUGGUUGAAAGCACAUACGAAGGACAUUUAGCAAUUAUUAAUGAUGGAAUUGAAUCAUUUCAAAUAGGUACAGCAACUGUAAUAAUUAAUGUUAUUGUAUAUUCUAAUCAAGACGAACCAAUUAUAUUAACAUUAUCUAUUGGUGACUGUCAUUCAUAUAAAUAUAGUCCAAUUCAAAUGAAAACAGAACAAUUAACAGGAAGUAUUAGAACGUCAUUAAAUGAUGUUAGUGAUUGUGGUGGUAGAAUUGGUCCAUUUAUUGAUCAUUUAUAUCCAGAUUUAAGAAAUGCAAAUAUUAAAUUAGAUAGAUGUAAUGAUGGUGAUAUUAUUAUUAUUGCUACAGAUGGAUAUCAUGAUAAUUUUGAUCCAACAUUAUUAGAUUAUAAUCCAAUUGAUAUUGGUAUUGAUGCUAAUGAUUGGAAUGAAGCAAGUAAAACACCAUAUUUCUUAGAAAAAAAACAAAUAUGGAUUGAACGUCUUAUAACUUCAAUUUUUAAAACAUCAAGUUCAAUGUGUCAUUUUGUUGAACAACUAGGAGAUUAUGUUACUGAAACAACACAAACAUCAAGAAAAUUCGUAGAAAAUCAUCCUGGAGAAAAAUUACCUCCAGACCCUCAUAAAUUUCCAGGUAAGUUAGAUCAUAGCACAUUAUUGGCUUACAAAGUUAUUAAAAGAAUAGAUGCUUUUGAAAUUAUUAAUAGUAUUAUUCCUAGUUAUUCAUCUGGAUUAUUUGGUGGACAAUCUAUAAGUAGUGCUAAAUUACGUGCUUCUAGACCAAAGAAAUUAUUUGUAAAAUUACAUAAUAGACAAAUACAAACACCAAGAGGUGACACUAGUGAUCCUACUUCUCUAUAUUUCUCAGAAAAAACAAGUCCUCAUUCAAUGAGCCCUAUUCACAUUUUAUCUAAAGAGUCUUUAGUUCCUUUAAAUCCUGAUGAUAAGCCUAUUGCAAUAAAAUUUAAUUCUGAUCAUUCAAUUAAUCCACAAAAAUCAAUUAAUAGUAGAGGAUCAAGUCCAAAACAAGAACACCCUUCUGAUUAUUAA